ACGUAUUGUACUUCCGUGUUUAUCCGGUAGAAAGUAGAAGGUUGUUGUCGUCGCGUUGUACUAAUGUCAAACAAUGAAUAUUUUUAAGUGCAUUAAGCCACUUGUAUGUGUAAGUAAAUUAUUAAUAGAGCAGAGUCGUGUCUUUACAAGGCAGUGUUUGGUCACUACAGUUCCUUGUCAUCGCCGUUACAUUCGUCGACAUUUGACAUGUUUAACCGCAUGCUCCCCGCAUAUGCACCACUUGAACAAGAAAAGAUGCUUUUCGGAAAUGGACUCCGGCCAUCGUGAUUUACUGACGAGGUCUGACGUUAUUCGGGAUGAAUCACUCGAGAUGGAUGGCGACUCUAAUGACAAGCGUCACCCGAGCCAAAGGCCCCCUGAGACGUUCAACCUGGACGUGCUUGUGGCUCUCCUACGUCAAGAAAACGCCGCUGACAUCUGCGUGAUCAAAGUACCCGAGCACGUCAAAUACACCGAGUACUUCAUCGUUGUCAGCGGCGUAUCACCGAGGCACCUACGCGCAAUGGCACUUUAUGCCAUUAAAGUAUACAAAUUCAUGAAGAACGAUCACGAUGCUCAUGUUAAGCUCGAAGGAAAGACUGCAGACAACUGGAUGUGUAUUGACUUUGGCAAUAUAGUUGUUCACUUCAUGCUUCCAGAAACUAGAGAAGUGUACGAACUGGACAAACUGUGGACUCUGCGCUCCUACGAUGAGCAGCUAAGCAAAAUUCCUGACGAGAAGCUGCCUGAGGACUUCAUAUAUGACCUAGAAGACACUAAAUGAUAAAACACAUUUUCAAUCGGAUCAUUUUUCUUUUUUGUGAGAAAUUCCUUGUGAAAUAAUAUGGACGGUUUAAAAUAAAUUCAUAUUUUUCUAAA